CAUUUGACAUUACUGUACACACUACAGUUGCAUUACACUGACAUAGUGACAUGCAUUAAAUUCACUUAAUUAUUGUCAGUUACUGUUGCUAACUACUUAGUUAUAAAUUGUAAUAUUUUAUAGACGAAUAACGUGGUUUAUCUUUAAUAGUAUACAUUGUCCAUGUUAAAAUCGUGAUUCGUGAUAGAUUUAAAAUAUAAUUUAAUGGUCUAUCUCCAUUGUUGUUAGGAUUAAUUUAAAUUUUAUUUGAUUGCCAUGAGAGAACUAAUCGACUAUGACAAUAUUCAGAUUAGUUAACCUAGUUUUUAACUUAUUUACUUGACUAAUGAAUAUGGAACAAACUAUUCAGCUAUCCAAGAAACAGAUUAUUCAUCGAUUUAUCAAGGCAAACAGAAAAAGGAUUGACAAUAUGAUCUUCAGAUUACAAUCGAAACGUUACCUAAUAGGAUUGGCGGUAUUAGGCCCCGUAGUAUUGUUUUUUUUAAUAUUCUUAUCAUACCAUAUUAUCCACAACGACAACAGUAUUCCUGACCCAGAAUUUCCGAUUCCACCGUCGAGUAUGCCGAUGGGCUUAUAUGGCAAAAUUGGUGUUGUAUCCAACGGCGGACCGUGUGCACAAAUCGGAGUAGAUGUAAUGACGAGAGGUGGAAAUGCUGUUGAUGCAGCAAUAGCUACAAUGUUAUGCGACGGUGCCCUGUGUCCUGAGUACAUGGGUAUUGGUGGAGGAUUUAUAAUGAGUAUCUAUAACGCGACAACCAAAAAAGUGAUGACGAUCGAUGCUCGUGAAACAGCUCCUGCUGCAGCGACUACCUCAAUGUUUGUAGAAGAUCCUCAGAAAUCUAUUUACGGAGGAAUGGCGGUUGCAGUCCCAGGAGAACUCAAAGGUUAUUCGACAAUUUAUGAUUUAUAUGGUCGUGGCGUUUCAUGGAAAUCAUUAUUUGAACCAACCAUAAAAUUAUGUGAAGAAGGUAUGACAAUCAGUAAACGUCUAGCAAAAAAUUUGUAUAAUCAUGAAGAAUUGAUAAAAAAUGAUUUGCUACUCAGAGAAGCUUUUUUUGAUGAAAAAACUGGACACGUUAAAACAGCUGGGGAACAAUAUAAACUACCAAAGUUAGCAGAAACAAUGAAAAUUAUUGCAAAAGAUGGUGUAAAUGCCAUAUACAAUGGUUCAUUAACACCUAAAUUAUUGGAAGAUUUAAAAGAAAUGAAUGGAAUAAUCACAAAAGAAGAUUUAGCAAAUUAUACAGUUAAUAUCAAAGAAUCUUUUCUUGUAAACUUAAAAAGUGGACAUACAAUACACGUGGGUCCACCACCUAGCUCUGGCAUCAUACUGGCUUAUAUACUCAGAAUAUUGGAUGGAAUAUUACCAUCACCUGAUACACGAUUAGACGCUCAUCGAUUUGUGGAAGCGUUCAAAUUUGGGUUUGGGGAAAGAACCCAUCUAGGAGAUCAUAAAUUUGUUGAUGUGUCUCGAAUUUACGAUAAAGUAAAAUCAGAUAGUUAUAUCAAUAGUAUUAGAAGUAAAAUCCUUGAUAAUUUCACUUCGUCAGAUCCAAGACACUAUGGUGCUGAUUACGAUAUGCCAGAGAAUCACGGAACUGCUAAUAUUGUGGUAACAGAUUCAUUAGGUAAUGCUGUUGUAGCUACAAGUACAUUGAACACUUACUUUGGUUGUGGUUUUAUGUCUCCUAGUACUGGUAUACUACUAAAUAAUGAAAUGGACGAUUUUUCUACUCCUGGAGUCACUAACUUUUAUGGUAUUCCAUCCUCACCUGCUAAUUUCAUAGAACCAGGCAAGCGACCAUUGUCUUCAAUGUGUCCAACUAUAAUCACUGACAGAAAAGGAGACUUUGUUCUUGGGGUAGGAGCAGCAGGAGGAUCGAAAAUCACUGUUGCUACUGCUUAUGUGUCUGCCCUCAAGUUAUGGUAUAAUAAAACAUUAAAAGAAGUAAUAGACAAACCCAGAAUUUACCACCAACUUAUACCUAUGGAAGUUCAAUAUGAAUACGGAACAACUAAGGAUGUAGUGCAAAAACUUGUGGAUGUUGGCCAUAAUGUUGUUAGGUUAAAGAAUGGAGCAUCAGCAGUUACAGCUAUUGCUAAAAUUUCUUCAGGUAUGUUUGAAGCUAUGCCAGAUUUUAGGCGGCCAGGAAAUUCAUCCGGAUUUUAAAAUGGUUUUAUAUUUUAUGUUGAUUGUAUUUAAAUAUAUUUAUUUUUUUUUUUUUUUUUUUUGUAUAAAAUACCUUGUAUGUUCCUAAAAUAUUAGCUUUUAAAAAAUGUAUUGUGUGAUUAAAAAUAUUUAUUGAUGUAUUUUUUAUUGUGCAACUUAGAUUAAAUUUAAGUUUCACAGUUACACAGUUAUUGUUAACUGAUUAUGAAAUAUUUAUAAAUACAGAAGUGCACAAUUUUUAUGUUUU